UUGAUCACACACGAUGUCUAUUACAAGACAUGUCACUAAAGAAAGUGAAACUAUUGAAAAACUUGUUUCCAUCGAAAGAAAAAGCGGAAGAUAGUUUCCAUCAAGCUAUGAGACCUUACAUCGUCACGGGACAGCUGUUUGGCAUCUUUCCGCUGUCCGGAAUAUACGACGUGGACCCCAACCGGAUACGCUUGGCAUGGCCCACGCUGCGAGUCUUACUUGGCCUAGUUGUGCUUGGGGCCGGCAUUGUGAACUCCAUAGCGGAAUACUUGCGACUACAAUCGGUGGGCGUUAGCGCCAAAAACAUCAACGGACUAAUAUUCUUCAUCGACGGCUGCAUAAUCAACGUUCUGUUUCUAAUGCUGGCCACCAAAUGGAAACGCGUCGCCGUUAAGUGGGACAGUGUCGAUCGGAUUUUCCUUACCGAAUCGUAUCGAAUUGAAUCCAGGUGGACAUUGAAGCGGCGGCUAUGGACCGCCACCGCCGUGCUGUUGGGAUUUGCUUGCUGUGAGCAUCUUUUAGCAACAGUUAAUAAUUUGAAUAAUCUAUGGUAUGAAAUUGAACAAUGUGGCUGGAGGAGAAACAUAACGGAUAGUUUUCGGCAUGUAUCGCUGAGAAAAUUCUCCAACAUGUAUCUAAUUGUUCCUUACAGUGCCGCUUCAGCUGUCUUUUUUACGUACAUAUCGUGCGCCUUAACCCUCUAUUGGAACUACUUGGAUGUGUUCAUCAUAUUGGUGAGUAUUGCCAUCGCUACCCGAUUCGAUCAACUCAACAAUUAUCUCCGGGGCCUGGCUGGCGGAGGAGUUCUCAUACCGAACGAACCAUUCUGGAUCCGGGUACGGUCACAUUAUGUAUCACUAUGCGAACUGUUGGAUGAAGUAGAUCGGGCAGUCGCAUGGAUAGUGCUCCUAUCCUGUGCUACCAAUUUGUAUUUCAUUUGUCUGCAAAUACUCAACGUUUCCCAGAAACUUCGUUAUGCAGUCAACGAUGUUUACUAUUGGUUCUCUUUGCUAUUUUUAAUCGGACGAACUGCAACACUGUUCCUUUGUGCGGCCCAUAUUCACGAAGCUGCUAAAAAACCUUUGGACAUUGUGGCAAAUAUCCCUAAUAAUGGAUGGAACGUUGAGUUGGAUCGAUUCUCAUCACAGCUAAAAAGUGAAACGAUAGCCCUUUCCGGUAUGGGAUUCUUCCAUAUCACCAGACAGCUGCUUUUCUCGAUGGCGGGAACCAUCGUAACAUAUGAGCUGGUGAUGCUCAAGUUUGAUAAGGAGUCCGAAGGCAAGGGUUAUAUCCGACCGUGUUCUUUCUUCGACAUCGAAAAGAAGUGUACGAUGAUUGAUCCACUAUGGCGUGAUCGGUAUAAAUUGUGGAAGAAAACAAAAAUCUUACAAUCUGAUGAAAUACGACAUACGUCUUUUGAAGACAACGGACCAGAAAGUGACUAUUUCCACAUUGCUAUAGCUCCAGUUCUCAAAUUCUCCCAAUUUUUUGGAGUCUUCCCACUGCACAGCGUGAUGGAGCGUCUUCCCCAGAAUAUGUCGUUCAAAAUGGUCCGCAUCUCUACGGUCCUAAGCCUGCUGGCGAUUGUUGGUGGAUACGCAGUCUCAGCAGCGAGCACGAAGCGCCUGGUUAGAACCGGUCUGAAUGCCAUCAAUAUGGCAGAGCCAUUCUUUUUCGCUAUUUGCGCCACAAGUGCAGCUUUGUUUUGGGCACUGGCCAAGGAAUGGCAAUUCAUUGCUACCAUGUGGUCCGAAACCGAGCGCGAAUUCCUGCACAAACCAUUCCGAUGUAAAAAGCUUAAAAAUAGUAUCCGACGGACAGCAACAUUAAUUCUGACUCUGGCCUUCGCCGAACACAUCUUCUCGGUGGCGAAUAACAUUGCGAAUCUUCGAAGAGAGAUCAAGCAUUGCAACUGGACCAUAACAAAUCCGGUGAAACACUUCUGCCUUAAAACAUUCAGUUCUACCUUCGACAGCAUUCCUUACAAUCUUCCUGUUGCAAUUUAUAAUGAGUAUGUGGUCGUUGCCAUGACAUUCGCGUGGAACUUCGUUGACCUGUUCAUAGUGCUAAUUAGCAUAGGCCUCACCACUCGAUUCACUCAACUCAACAUACGUAUAUCGGAGCAAAUACGGAGCAGUAAAGGUACCUCCGAAGAUUUCUGGGAGCGGAUUCGUCUGCAAUAUGUGUCACUGUGCGAUUUAGUCGUUUUGCUGAACCGAUAUAUCAGUCGCUUGGUUUUCGUGUCAUAUGCCAACGAUCUGUACUUCAUCUGCCUGCAGAUAAUGAACGCAACCCUCGAGCAACCGUUUCUGAUCAACAGAGUUUACUUCUAUUAUUCCUUCAGCUACCUUCUCCUGCGGACAUCCCUUAUGUUUUGGUACAGCUCGCAGGUUCAAGAUGCUAGUCAUCAGCCCUGUCGGCUAAUUCUACAUGUACCCAAUCACGAAUACUGCGAUGAGUUGCAGCGGGUUCAGAUGUAUUCCAGGCGAGGCGUUAGCCUCACAGGCAUGGGAGUUUUCCUAGUCUCGCGGAGGAUUUUCCUAACGAUAGCCGGAACGAUCAUCACAUAUGAAUUGGUACUAAUAUCCUUCCGCAAGCGAACAAUGGAUCAAUCAGUAAAUAAUGACAGUAUUCAAUGUGAGCCAUUACAGUUGGACUAAUAGGUUUAAAAAAAAUUCUUCUGUUACUUCCAUCCUGAAGAGAAGCUCCGUGAACACGCUAUUAGCAAAUUGGCUAUUCAUAUACACUGUUGUAAACACAAUAAUAAACAAUAUCAAAGCGUGACAACCAGGGAUACCAGGCAUACCGCAGAGAAAAGACAUAGACCAAAGCCGCUACGUGGACAUCGGCCCAUAGAGGUUCGAACAAAAUAGCAACCUAUGUUUUCCCAUAUAAACAAAUUUGUGAAAUUUAUAUUCCUGUACAAACCUCCACUCACUCAAUAAAUUAUCAU